UACACAUACACAUUACCAAUUCAUCGGCCCUGAUAAAGGCCGAAGGUAUCGCGUCGUAUUUUAUAAGCUAUUUAACCACCAGUAUAUUAUUUUAAAUAGUUCAGGAUUGAUGCACAAAGUAUUCGUUUAAUUUCUUGUUCACUACUAGCAAACCAACAAAAAUGGAGGCGUCAGAACAAGAAAACGCGUGCGGCGAUGACGCCGAGGCAUCCGCAAAACCAUCAGAGACAAUGACGACGGAAACAGUGUCGAAGGAAAUUCAAGAUUCGACAUGCGAAGUAACUUCCACCACAACAAUCGAUGAUACAGCACCCGAUGGCCUUAACAAAAGCGUUUCCGAGUCACCAGCAACCCAGGAGGAAACCAGUUCAUCGCGCUCCAGAAGCCGCACUCGCGAUGGCAGCGAGCCCACACGUUCGGGCAGUGGCUCGGAAAGAUCCCGCAGCGGAUCCAAAGCUUCGGCCACAAGUUCCCGCAGUGGCUCACGAUCGCGCAGCGGAUCACGCCACUCAUCUCGACAGUCGCGCAGUGGCUCAAGGCGUUCGGGCAGCGGAUCCCGCAGCAGAUCCGGCUCGAGACGCUCACGCAGUGGCUCGGCCCGCUCACGCAGCGGCUCAGGAUCUAGGCGUUCGCGCAGUGGAUCGGGCUCUGGACGUUCUCGGAGUGGUUCCAGACGCUCUCGCAGUGGCUCAGCCCGUUCUCGUAGCGGCUCCAGACGUUCCCGCAGUGGCUCUAGGCGGUCGCGUAGUGGCUCGAGACGUUCACGCAGUGGUUCUGCACGCUCACGCAGUGGAUCUAGACGUUCCCGCAGUGGAUCCAGACGCUCUCGUAGCGGAUCUGCGCGUUCUCGUAGCGGUUCUGGCUCAAGACGUUCUCGCAGUGGCUCGAGACGCUCCGGCAGUGGCUCCAGACGCUCCCGCAGUGGCUCGAGACGCUCCCGCAGUGGUUCCAGACGCUCCCGCAGUGGAUCCAGACGCUCUCGUUCUCGCAGUGGGUCCAGGAAAUCGCGCAGUGGCUCGAGAAAAUCCCGCAGUCGCUCCAAUAGCGCUGAAUCACCAAAUAAAAAACGAAAUGGCUCGCAAGACCGUUCACGGUCUGGCAGUGCUGGAUCCAUAGGGGCUUCUAGGCGCCGGCGACAGGCCAUCAGUGACUCGGAAGAUGAAGCACCCACAAUCGAAAAGAAACGGCCCAAGAUUACGGAUACAGACAAUGAGGACGACGAUGAGACGCCGGCAAAUGCCUCCGCCACAGAAAAACCCCAAGACAAGAUUAUAGAGAGUUCCGAUGACGAAAAUAUACCCAUUUCAAAUGAACCAGACCACAACAACUUUAUGUCGGACUUUGAUGCAAUGCUUCUCCGCAAGAAGGAAGAAAAGCGCGUGCGACGACGCAAGCGAGAUAUUGAUCUGAUUAAUGAUAACGACGACCUCAUUGAUCAAUUAAUUAUAAGCAUGAAGAAUGCCUCUGAUGAUGACAGGCAAUUGAACAUGACCGGACAGCCGGCCACCAAGAAAAUAUCCAUGUUGAAGCAAGUGAUGUCGCAGCUGAUCAAAAAGGAUCUGCAAUUGGCCUUUUUGGAGCACAAUAUACUCAAUGUACUUACAGAUUGGCUAGCACCGUUGCCAAACAAAAGUCUGCCCUGCCUGCAAAUACGCGAGAGUAUUUUGCGGCUAUUAUCGGAUUUUCCCACGAUAGAGAAGGGUUUGCUGAAGCAGUCGGGCAUCGGCAAGGCUGUGAUGUAUUUGUACAAGCAUCCCCAGGAAACCAAACAGAAUCGCGAUCGUGCUGGUCGCCUCAUAUCCGAAUGGGCACGACCCAUCUUCAAUCUAAGCUGUAACUUUUCGGCCAUGAGCAAGGAGGAGCGCCAGGAACGUGAUCUGGCACAAAUGUCACGGCAUAGGAACAAGAGUCCAGAGCCCAAUCAGGCGGCAUCCGAGGAAAGCCGCUCCCACGCACUCAGUCAGACAUUCUCCAGCGAGGACAAGCAGCUGCGUCCCGGUGAUCCUGGUUGGGUGGCACGUGCUCGUGUACCAAUGCCUUCCAACAAGGACUAUGUCAUACGUCCCAAGUCCACAGUGGAGGGCGAAGUAUCUACGUCAACAAAGCGUAAGCCAAAUCGUUAUGAAAAGCACAUGAAACGCUUCCUCGACUCAAAGCGUUUGAAGGAGAGUCGACGUGCCGUCGAAAUAUCCAUUGAAGGACGCAAAAUGGCGUUGUAAGAUGGAAUCCUACUCGUAGAUAAGUUUCAAUUUAAAAGAGAAAUCAUCCAAUCCAAACAUAGAACAAAAUUAAUAAUAUAAAUUAUAUUUUUGAAUAUAAUGCGGAUAUAUUCCACGCCCUCCCCCGCCCUAACAAUGUAGUCCAUCACAAGCACUCAAUCAAGUUACAUAAAAGAGAAUUACAAAGCAAAUGAUGAAUCAAUUAAUGAGUUAAUGUAUGAAAAAGAGAGAGACAGAGACGACCGAGAGAUGGAAUGGAUGGAGGUCGGUCUUAUACCAUUUGUACAUAUAUAAGUGUAUGUGUAUAUGUAUUGUUUACAUAUGUAUGUAUUCUGUUUAAGUGAGGAAUAAAUGUCAGUGCUUCAAUCG